CUGAACAACACUGUAACAACAACAAUAGGUAUUUGUAAUGUUAUGGCAUUGUUAUUGAUUAAUUUUAUUUCAUUGGCGUUUCAUUAAUUAAGAGUAAUCUCGAAAAAUUUAUAUAACAUACAAACGAAAUUUAUUUUUGUUUCGGAGUUACUUGAUAAAUAAAAUUGUAGAUAAAUUACACUAUCCUUGUGAUGAAGGAGGUUAUUAAUCAAAAUAAAUAGCAAAAUUAGAUUGGAAUUGGAAUGUCUGAAAAGAAUGAUUACAUUUGUGUAAACUGUGGCGUGGCAGCCGCUGCAUUAUACAGAAAUUAUGGACCGUCGGUAUUAAAGUUGACGAAAUGUGACAGCUGCAAGGGAAUAGUGGAUAAGUACAUAGAAUAUGACCCAGUAAUAGUUGCCAUUGAUCUUGUCCUGAUGUCCAGGGAGGCGCAGAGGCAUAUUAUUUAUAACACAGAGUUUAAGUCAUAUUGGAAGCUGCUCAUAAUGCUGAUGUUGCUGGAAACCUUUGCUGUGUGGAAGAACGAAACUUUGUUUAAUAUUGCCAUCAACACAAUGUGCGAUAUCAAAAACAACAGCACUAUUAAUUCUACUCACAUUUCGCUGCCAAUAAAUUUAAGUAUCCCUCAAAAUUGGAAGAUCGCAUGUCAGGGCUGGGCACAAAGUGAGAAGGAUGGGUCGGACCUGUUCAUUUGGGAGAAAGACUUCUAUAUUCUAUUCCUCUCAACUUUUGCUGGAAUCAUAAUGUUUAUAUCAACAGCCCACAUCUUGAUGUCGCUAUGUGCGCUCAAUAAAGCGCCCGGGCGUAGAGUGCUCAAGGCGUUCAGCCUGGCCAACGCGAGCCUGCUGUUCGCCGCACCCGCACUCGUGUGGGGCCCCGGCGCCGCGCGCCUCUACCACCACCUGCUGCUGGCGCCCUACGCGCUGGUCACGUUCCACAGCGUGCUGCGAGUCCUGUACGAAGGUCCAAGAUCCUUGACAGUAGUCGUGCUUAUCCUUAGCAACUGUAUCAAGUACUUUACCACAUUCCAUGUAACUCCGAUUUUGAGAAAUAUUAUGAACGGCUGAUAUGACAUGGGGUAGAAGAAAUAUUAAAACUGCUUAUGAUGAGAUAAGAGAAAUAUUAUGAAUUCAUAUUAUAUAUGAAAAAUAUGGCCAGCUGAUAAUAAACGAGUUACAAAAAUUAAUAUGAAUAUUGCACAAGCUAGAAAAAAUAUUUGGAACAGCUGAUAUUAUAUGAGGCAGUAUAAUUAUCAUGAACAGCUGAUAUUAUUCAAGGCAGAAGAAAUGUCGUGAACAGCUGAUGUACAUAAGAUCGUAAGAACAGAUGUUAAGACAUGAAGAAGCAAGUUGUGUUUGGUCUGGUUGCGUCAGCGCUAAUCUGACUAACACGCUGGUCAGGCAACGUCGACCCAAAGUGGCUGAAACCUUGCCUUGUAGAGCACAUUAAGUUCGUCCAUAUAACUAACACCUGAUGAAAGAAUAUUACCUUACCCUAUACUUUAUGGGAAUAUGUGUGUCUGUAUUUUUAUAGCCUCAUUUAUCUCGUUGGAUACCGCUGGAAUAAAUGAAUAAAAAUCAUAAGCCUA